ACUUCUCACUGCCCGGUCAUCUUUCCUAGUCCCCAGGAGCACUGCAGGGGGUCACAUGGGCAGUGGAGCAGGGGAAGGGCCCUGCCUGGACCUGAAGCUCUAAGGCACAAUGGAGGUUUUUCUUUCUGUGAGAAACAUUGUUCAGUGAUCCAGACACUGGGGACUUGUUCUCAACAGUAUGCCUUUGAGCUCCAGCUUUGGUUAACCCAGCUGCGAGGAGGGAGUGCUACUUCUUUCUCUGGAGUCUGAGUCUCUGACUUUCUAAGGAGAGUUUAGACUGAGAGUGGAUUUAUUGGGAGUGUCUGCUUAUAACCAGUCCUGGAGAUUGUUAAGUUGGGCAGUAGGAAGAAUAAGAUGGCUGGCUCUGAGAAAAAGCUGAGGGCCCCAGCUGGGAGGGUGAUGAUAGCAAGAGGGUGUGUCACCUUGAUUGUCAGUGGGCCUGGCUCAUGCCUGAUGGAUUGCUUUCCACCAUAUCCUGGCACUGUGAUGGGCCUUCUAUAGCCCCUUGCUGCCCAAAGACUAGAGUUCUCUAAACUCUGAGUGACUCUAGGGGGCCCUGCUCCUUGUAUAUCUUACGUGAAUGCGACAGUCACUCUUGAUUUUUCACUCCUUUCAGGAGUACCCUGCAAUGUACUUGGCACUCAACAGAUGUUUGUUAUAUGAGUAGAUGAAUAAAGAGAGGGAGGCGGCCAAAAUCCAGGGGUUUUCCCUUAGGUUCUUGCCUAAGUGUCAGGCUGCUCUGGGGACUGCUGCACUCUUCUCAACCCGUUGAUUCUUGAGGACAGACUUGUACUUGAGAUUCAAAUCUUAGUCUAGGUACUAAUUUGACAUUCACUGUUAUUCACUGGAGCAACAGAGAACAGACCUCUUUUGAUUGCCAUGGCAACCAGGGCGCAGGGAACUUAGUAGGGAUAAAAACGCAGCAAUAAAUGAUAUUCGGCUUUUUAAAAAGCAUUGGUUCUUGCUUCAGGGACUUACAUUCUGAUCCAAGGAAAUCUGUUAUGAGAGAAGGGAGAUUAAAAAGGCAGGCUGGCUGCUGCUUCUCCGGACAAGGAGAUGCAGCACCUAGGACGAGUCUCCCAGAACCUGGCGAAUAUGCCCACCCACACCCUGUGAUGAGACUAUACAAGGACCACAGAAAGGCCCAGAUCCGUCAAUAACAUCCCACCAUUGACUGAGACUAAAAACGGAAAACUGUCUCAGGGAGAAAUGGAGGAAGAAUUUAUCUUUUUUUUUUUUCUGGCCAUGCUGCAUGGUUUACAGGAUCUCUGUUCCCUGACUAGGAAUUGAACCUGGGCCACUGCAGUGAAAGCACUGAAUCCUAACCACUGGACCACUGGGGAACUCCCGAAUUUAUCUUAAUAGAUCUGAGCUCUCUGUCCUAGUUCUGUGAGACAGGGUUUGUAAAAUGAGACAGAGAACUUCUGGAAGUUCUGGAAGUAUACUGUAAUAUCUGUUAUUUGGGGGCUAUUUCUUGGCCCCUUUUCUUCUAAAGAGAGCAUCUACAUUUACUAUAACAGCUAGAAAUGUACCACAGUAAAAAAAAUUUUUUUUUCUUUUUGGUAGAAGAAAAAUGUUUAUGAGGAUUAAAAAAAAAAUCUGUAUAUGUUAGUUUAUCCAUUAUUCCAAGUAUACUUAAAACUUGAUACUUAUACAUUUUGCAGGCUGUAACACUCUUUUUUCACUGUCCUUCAUUUGAGUAAUUGCUUAGUAUUUAACUUCGUUAAUGGCAUCAUUUGGCACCUGUGUUCUCCAUUUUUGUUGUUAGAAAUUCCACCCAGUGUGAGUUGGGGAGCCUAAAGUGGGAUGUUGUCCAGGAACUUGGGCCUUUGACCCAAAAGACUGGUCCCAGUUACUACAUUUCCUCUUGCUGUUUUGGUACUAACUGAAAUGCUAGGUCCCCUCUUUCUGUAUGCAGGAGGGUUUUUAAAAAAUUAUCUUUGAACCUUGAACUUUUGCUUCUGCAGUGCUUCCACCUUCUCAUAGAAAACCUGCUUCCUGCUGACUCUGAAAAUAGGAGACCAGAGAUCUGAGCUUCUAGCACGACCCAUGGAAACUCAGGCUGAUCGAGUAUCUCAGGAACCUCAGGCUUUGCUUGAGAGCACUCUUCCUUCCUCAAAAGGCCCCGCGUUUUCUGACAAGGGCGGUCUGGGGGAUGAGAUGCUGGCAGCUGCGCUCCUGAAGGCCAAGGCCCAGGAGCUGGUGACCUUUGAGGAUGUGGCUGUGUACUUCAUCCGGAAGGAGUGGAAGCGUUUGGAGCCUGCCCAGAGGGACCUCUACAGGGACGUGAUGCUGGAGAAUUACGGCAACGUGUUCUCGCUGGAUGGUGAGACCAGAACUGAGCCUGAUUCUGAAAUUUCUGAAGAUGGAGGAUCACACGGGGUGCUGUUGGGAAGAUUCCAGAAGGAUAUUUCUCAGGGUCUUAAGUUUGAAGAAGCCUAUGAACAAGAAGUCAGUCUGAAGAGGCAGCUGGGGAGCUCCUCUGGAGAGAGACUGAAUAGGAAGAUGCAGGAGUUUGGUCAGGUGGCAGCUGAGGAGCAGCGAGCCCCCACAGGAGGGAGAAGUGAGAAGUGCGGCGAUCUGAGGGACAGCUUCACGGUGGGCGCCAACCUCAUUUCCCAUCAGAGACUCCCUGUGGGGGACAGGCCCCAUAAAUGUGAUGAAUGUAGCAAGAGCUUUAAUCGAACUUCAGACCUUAUUCAGCAUCAGAGAAUCCACACCGGGGAGAAACCCUAUGAAUGUAGCGAGUGUGGGAAGGCCUUCAGCCAGAGCUCACACCUUAUUCAGCAUCAGAGGAUCCACACUGGGGAGAAACCUUACGAGUGCAAUGACUGCGGGAAGACCUUCAGCUGCAGCUCAGCUCUCAUUCUCCACCGGAGGAUCCACACGGGAGAGAAGCCCUAUGAAUGUAACGAGUGCGGGAAAACCUUCAGCUGGAGCUCCACCCUCACUCACCACCAGAGGAUCCACACUGGAGAGAAACCAUACGCUUGUAACGAAUGUGGGAAAGCCUUCAGCAGGAGCUCCACCCUCAUUCACCACCAGAGGAUCCACACUGGAGAGAAGCCCUAUGAAUGUAACGAGUGUGGGAAGGCCUUCAGCCAGAGCUCACACCUCUAUCAGCACCAGAGGAUCCACACUGGAGAGAAGCCCUAUGAAUGUAUGGAAUGUGGAGGGAAGUUUACCUAUAGCUCAGGCCUUAUUCAGCAUCAAAGAAUCCACACUGGGGAGAAUCCCUAUGAAUGUAGUGAGUGUGGGAAAGCCUUUAGGUACAGCUCCGCUCUGGUUCGCCACCAGAGAAUUCACACUGGAGAGAAGCCUUUGAAUGUAAUGGGAGUGAGUAAAAGUUCCCUCCAAGUUACUGCUGAAGUAAAUAUCAGAGAAUCUACGUGAAAGAGAGCCACACGCCGGUUUUCCUCACUUUCUGAGUCUCCAGAGCUCCUGCCUUACUACCUGAGUAUGAACUUAGGAUGUGUCCCUUCCAACUCCAGCCUUUCACCUUAGAGAACGGGGCCUGUUGGGCAAAUCAUCCUGGCCCAGUGAUUAGCAACCUAGUCAUUUUUCCCAGGAAUGAUUCCAGCCUUGAAGAAUUAGGCUGCCAGCAAUGGACAGAGCGCUGGGAGCAGAGGAAUCUCUGGGACCAGUCUCCUUCCAUUUGGGGGGGAAGUUUGCACUAGAUCAUUUUUCUCACACCAGAAGAGCCUUUCCACAGUGGGGAUGGAAGCACAGUAGGAAUAAAAUUCCAGGGGUUCCUCUAGUUGGAGUUGGCAUAGUCAGCACAGAAGAAAGUGGAAAGAACGUUCUGGGUUGCGUUUCGUGCUAGAAAGGGGAAAUGGAGGCUGCAUUUCAAAGCCACUGCUUCUAAUCCAGCUUUAAAUUUUGAUGAGGAAUUUCUUCCUUUUGAUAAGGAAUGUGCUAUUUUGUUUCCUGACUUCAUUAGUUAUGGAAAUCUGGUGCUGAGGGAUUUGUUAUUUCGUUGGGCAGGUGUGGGGGAACACUGAGAGAGGUUUUCUGUAGUGACCGUGUAUCCUCCAAGGCUCUUGGAGCAGCAAGACCAAACCUCCACGCGUUUGGUGAAGAACUCGCUCAUCCCUUUUAUGACAGGACCAGUUGCAAAGCCCAGCUCCUCCUUGAGCAUAACCUGAGGGGAAGGAUCCAAAGCCCUUAGCACUGGCCUCCAUUUUCCUUCCCUCCUCUCCUCCUCUUCCUCCGGCCACUCCUGUGAUGGAAAGUGAUUUAAGCUAAACCCCUAGCUACCAAGGAUGCUUUUAAGGAGCUCGCUCAGCCAGCUUGCCCUGCUUUCUGAGACCUAUGACCUCUGGCCCCAGCCGCUAGACCUCUCCCGACCUCACCUCUGACAUCAGCAGCCAAGUGUGAAUGCAGAGAGCAAAGCCCCAAGGAGGAAGCUCGGGCCUGAGCAUAGCGGAGGGCUCCUUGCUGGGUUAGGAUGAGCUCCCCAAGUUUUCCCAGCAGAAGGGAUGACUUUCCUUCUGUUUUCCCAGUCCUGCUCAUCUGUAGCAUAAAUGAAAUGCACUAUUAAACAGAAUAGUUUUUCAGAA